GUGUGUGUGUGCGGGUGUGCGUGUCUGACUUCUUCUCUUCUGGGUUUAGAGGAAGAGGAAUCAAGAAGUGCAGCUCGACUCUGAAUGCUUUUUGUAACACAUUUUUUAGCUGCUGCUGAUCUUCCUCUUUUCUCUGUUUUCAGCUCUUUACGUGGCUGCUCUUCACUUUUUGUAUUUUCCCGAGGAAUGAACUAAGGAGCUUCUUCUGCUGUCUCCUGAACUCGCUGCGGAUUCUUCUAUGGACACAGACUGAGGUGCAGCGUCCAGUGCAGAUAGAGUGAACUGGAGAGAGGACGAUGCCAGCCCCACCUCCCCCACCGCCCCCCGGGCCUCCCCCUCCUCCCACCUUAGCUGUUGCCAACACAACGAAACCAAUUCUGAAAAAAUCCGAGCAGCAGGGACGGAACGCUCUGUUGUCCGACAUCUCUAAAGGAGCCAGAUUAAAGAAAGCUGUCACCAAUGACCGCAGUGGACCAUUGCUGGACAAACCCAAAGGAGGAGGUGGAGGAGGUGGAGGAGGUGGAGGAGGUGGAGGAGGCGGAGGAGGUGGAGGAGGAGGCAGAGGAGGAGGAGGAGGAGGAGGUGGAGGUGGAGGAGGAGGAGGAGGCGGAGGAGGUUUAGGAGGUCUGUUUGCAGGAGGGAUGCCAAAACUGAGGUCUGCGGGAAACAGAGACACCACUGACUCUGCCCCCAGCCGAGGACCCGUGCUCCCCCCGGGGGGCCGCUCCAGUGGCCCCAGCCCCUUCGGUGGACCACCUAAACUCCCAGGAGCCCCUGGUGGCGGGCGGAGCAGCGCCCCCGACCUUCCCAAGGGACGCCCCAACUUCUCAUCCAGACAAGAAACUCCUGGGGGCCCCCCUCCCCCUGUACCCAACACACCUCGACCAACCCAGGCCUUCCAGUCCCGCGGGGGCCCGCCUCCCCCAUCGCUCCCUGGAGGACCCCGACCCAGCCCGGCCUCGAUUCCUAUAACUCCCAGUGUUCCCCCAGGGAGACACGGACCUCUCCCUCCCCCACCGGGAGGCUCCUCACUUGGGUCAAGACCGGGCUUCUCUGCACCUCCUCCUCCACCUCCAAGCAGCAGCCGACCACCCGUGCCCGCGGCUCCUGGAGGGAGACCCCCGCUUCCCGACGACCGGCCCCCGCCACCACCAGCUCCUUUGGGAGGUCAUCGGCCCUCCAUGCCCCGCGACAUGCCCCCUCCUCCCCCCUCUGUCAACUCCAAACCUCCCUCCUCUGUCUCUAGCUCCUUAUCUCCUCGCUCCUCACCCGGUGGGGGGGGGCCUCCUCUCCCACCGGGGCGACCGGCCCUCCCACCCACCCCACCUGGAGGGGACGACCACAGCACCCCCCGUCUGCCCCAGAGGAACAGCUCGCUCAGCAGCCUCGGUCAAGCUCCGCCUCAUAGCCGGACAGGGCCCCUCCCUCCCCCGCCCAACGAGAGGCCGCCCUCUCUCGGGAGGAUCCCGUCAGUACGCACAGGGCCUCUUCCUCCCCCUCCUCCCUCAGGUCGCAGCGUGGGCGGGGGCAGUGUGAGGUCAUCGCCCGCUCCCUCUCCGAUUGGUCGGCCAGCCCCGGAUCCCCAUCGCGGUGGCGGUAGACCUCCCCCCCCUCCAGACAGGCCCGGGGUGGGAGGAGCCCCACCCCCUCCUCCGCCACCCAUGGGCAACGGCUUCCAGAACUCUCACCACAACCAGAACCAGGACGAGUGGGAGUGUCGCUUCACCUUCCAUCCGGUGUCGGACUUUCCUCCCCCGGAGCCCUACGUGCCCUUCCAGAAGAGCUACCCCAGCAAGAUCGGCAAGACUGACAGCAGAGGUUCUGGUAAAAAGGAGAGAGGAGCUCCUCCUCUUCCUCCGAUACCCAGGUGAAGAGGAGGCAGCCGCCACGACCACACCUGGAGCUCUCCUCUCUCUGUUCCCCUCCUCGUCUGUGUUGCUCUCAUUUUGCUUUCAACGACAGCGUUUGUUAUUUGUGGUGACCUCAACGUGUGAAACACAGUCGACCAAGUAAAAGGACAGACUCACCAAACAACCACCAUGGAGUUUACAUCACGUGCCUCUGAAAGACCAAAGCCAGUUUCUCCUGCGGUACACUGUGUUCAGAUCAGAUGUCAAAUAGACUCGUACCUCUUUGGGUACUAGAAGUGAAAUAUGUUUUUUUUAUGGUUUAUAACCAUGUGAGUGGAAGUUGCUUUGUCGAUGUGGCUGCGGUGAAACGUAAAGAACUCAAGAACUAAAGUGUUUUUCAUAAACUUCUUUUCUUUCCUCUACAGUCCACACAUUGCCUGCUUAUUAUAUUUUAUCAACAAGCUGCACUUUCAGAAAACCAGCUCGACAGAUAGAGCAGCAUUUGACAGGUUGGACAUGUGACUUCCCCAAACCUGUUUACAAAACCCCCGACAGCGUUCUGUGAAAUGUAAUUCAACAUGUGAGGGUGUCACGGCGUCACAGGGGUUAACUCCGUCACCUCACACGUCUUUCUGUGUGCAGUUAGCAUGUUCUCCCUGAUAAAUCAUAAAUAUAUGGAUAUGUCAUUCUUUAUUGGUAAUAUUACUGCAACCAGUUGCUUUCCUAAAGUGUUUCAAUAAGCUGUUUCUCUCAUUGUGCCUUUUUCUGUUCAGGAUUGUACUUUGAGGCUGUUAAACAGUUGAGGGAAAUGGCCUUUUGUGCCUUAAAUGAUGUUAAUAAAAGUUUGCUCUCCAGGGUUUGAUCACCUCUGUUGAUGUAAAACAAUAAAGCAAUACAGCAGCUCGAUGGCCACGUCAUUCAGAGCCAAGGUUUUCACAUGUAUCAUCAGAAGGAGAUCAGGUAGAAAAAAACCAAUGUGUGUUAUUUAGUGAAAGAGAUUCAGUAAUUAUGGGGAAUGUUCCUGUGUUUCCCACUUUCUCAGUCAGAAACCAGCAAAUGCCUUAAGAUGGACCGUUCUAAUGUGUUUGAUUUAAUCUGAAGUUACAUCAGACCCUGUAGGGUUAAAUAACACGAUCAUAAUCACACAGGUAUCACGAACGUUAGCCAAACCAGGCAAGUAAAGUGAGUUUGUGCCUCUUGUGGAGCGGAGGGGGCGUCCAUGGUCUCAGACCUGGAAACCCCCUGAUCUACAUUAUUAAGCAAAUGUGUCUUGAGUACAUCAUCCAUACUUAAACAUGAAACCAAACUAUAAAUGGCUCCAGCUUCCUGCCACCGCUGCAUAAAACGAUCGGGGGGAGGGGGGGAAAUGUGCACGUUUGAUUUGCCAAAGCCACGUGUGCCUUCACAUUGUGUACUCACAUGUACGUGUUUCUGUUGGAUCCACUGAUCGGUACUUUUCAUUUUGUCACGUGAGAUAUGAGCGUGCAUGUGAUGUGUAUGACUGAGAUGUUUUAGAGGAGGGGGGGGGGUGGUUUACAGUUUAUCUGAUUUAUUAUUUUUGCUGUUUUUGUUUAGAGCGGCAGUGAAGGAGCCGUGUUCGUGCCUGUGAGAUUUAAUCCAGUGCUAUUGAAGGACUGUAUUAUUUUUAAGUUAUGUCUAAGAACUGUGCAGUAUUAAGUUGUUUUGCUUCACCCAGCACUGCUUUGAGCGGUCUUUUGUAUACGUGAUGUAUUAUUAUCAAGUGCUGGACAAAGAAACUUUAAGACAAUCACACACGAAUAAAGUCUAUUUACAUAAAUAAAUAAAAAUGCUUUAAGCUGCUCUCUGUGCUUCACUUGAGCUGAAAUGUGCUUUUAUUGGACUAUAGGUUGUAAAUCAUUUGUGUAUAAACGAGGAUGGAGAAUUGCAGC